GCUUUGGGGAAUACAAACAGCAGCAACAACUCUCAUAUUAAUUCUCCCUACGGGAGAGUGAGGGAGAGAGAGAGAGAGAGAGAGAGAGAGAGUAGUCCUGCAACAAAAAACUGUACAGAAAUGGGCAGAAGUCCUCGGUGUUCAAAAGACGGAUUAAACAAAGGAGCAUGGACUGCACUUGAAGACGAAAUGCUCGUGGAUUAUGUCAAGAGCCACGGCGAAGGGAAAUGGAGUAAUCUUGCCAAAGAAACAGGGCUCAAGAGAUGUGGCAAGAGCUGCAGGCUUCGUUGGAUGAAUUACCUGAGACCAGAUAUAAAGAGGGGGAACAUUUCUGAAGACGAAGAAGAAUUAAUCAUCAGGCUACACAAGCUCUUGGGCAACAGAUGGUCUCUAAUAGCAGGGAGACUUCCGGGAAGAACAGACAAUGAAAUUAAGAAUUACUGGAACUCCUAUUUAGCCAAGAAGUCAAAGGAUCAGUUCCCAUUAGCCAAGCCUACAGCUGAAAAAAAGCCAAUGAUUGGACUUCACGGUGACAACAAGGUGGCAGUGGAACCAUUGACGUCGGACAAUAAGUUGGUUAAGAUUAACAAGUCCUCACCAUCAGAAUCAAGUGCUGGGUCACCGCUAUCGACAGCCAGGGAAGAGAAAACAGCGGACUUCAUGUUGGACCUGAGCUCAGAGGAUUUAUGCAGAAUGCUUGACUUCGAUUUUGCAAAACCCAGUGAUGUUGAUCAUGAGAUAAACGAGUUGAAUCAGCCUCUUCUACCGUCGGAGGGAAUGGAAAGCAAUCACUCUGGCAGCGACUUAUGUGGUCAAGCUAAUAACAUGAGUUCGGAUUUCCGAUCAUUGUUUCUAGAAUCAGAUGAUGGUUGGUUAGGAGAUAAUAUAGAUAUUCUGUUCUCGGACUGACUAAGUUGGUUACACCUAAAUUUGACUCUGCAAGGUCAAUAUUAUUGCAGCAUUUGUCAAAGCUUAAAUUAUUCCAGCAGCUUAGAAGAAGAUUGACCCUACGUACGUACAUUUUAGUUGAGAUUUUGGAUUUAAAUAUUGCAUUCAGUGAAUAAUAAUUAAGCUGCCUAUAUUGGGCCAAAUUUCACAUGGUUAUCUUUCACCUUGUCACUGUUAAAUUCCAAUGUAUCAACC